CCGAGACGUAAUUUCCUGUCAUGUGAUCCCAAUCUUCCGGCGUGUAGUUUGAAGAGGACUUCAUCUCCCAACAUGCAGCGGGCUAUGAGACAUGCGCAGUGCGGGCGGGGCCCGGGUGUUGUGAUCCAGCUGGAGGGAGAUUCCAGUAGGUCGCUGGUGCGCAGUCUUCCUCCAUGAUGUCCUGCCCGUCACACUUCCCCGCUCCAUGCAGCUGAUAGUCAAGUUGUUGAAAGGCUAGAGAAGAGGAAAAUGGCUGACAGCUUGAAAAGUUUCCUCCAGGACCUUGUCCGGGGUAUUAAAGACUCCAUUUGGGGAAUAUGUACGAUUUCCAAGCUGGAUGCUCGGAUUCAGCAGAGACGAGAAGAGCAGAGGAAGAGGCGUGCAAGUAGUGCAUUGGCCCAGCGCAGAGCCCAAAGUGAGGAGAGGAAGCCAGAGAAUGAGCCUCGCAUUGUCACCCGAAUUUUUCAGUGUUGUGCUUGGAACGGCGGUGUCUUCUGGCUAAGUCUCUUCUUGUUCUACCGAAUGUUCAUCCCUCUUCUGCAGUCAGUCACAGCAAGAAUAAUAGGUGACCCUUCCUUGCAUGGAGAUGUCUGGUCCUGGCUGGAGUUCAUCCUCACGUCUGUGUUUAGCGCACUCUGGGUCCUUCCCCUUUUUGUGCUCAGCAAGGUGGUCAACGCCAUAUGGUUCCAGGACAUUGCAGAUUUGGCGUUUGAGAUGUCCGGCAGAAAAGCACAGCCCUUCCCUAGUGUCAGUAAGAUCAUUGCUGACAUGCUGUUUAACCUCCUGCUCCAGGCGCUUUUCCUCAUCCAGGGCAUGUUUGUCAGUCUCUUCCCCAUAGAAGUGAUCGGACAGCUCAUCAGUCUGCUGCACAUGGCUCUUCUCUACUCCCUCUACUGCUUCGAAUACAGAUGGUUCAACAAAGGGAUUGAGAUGCAUCAGCGGUUAUCAAACAUUGAGCGUAACUGGCCCUAUUACUUUGGCUUUGGUUUACCCCUUGCCUCCCUCACAGCCAUGCAGUCGUCAUAUAUCAUCAGUGGCUGCCUCUUCUCCAUUCUCUUCCCGCUGUUUAUCAUCAGUGCGAAUGAAGCAAAGACACCCGUGAAAGCAUAUCACUUCCAGCUGCGUCUCUUCUCUCUGGUCGUCUUCCUCAGCAACCGUCUCUUUCACAAGACUGUCUACCUGCAGUCCAGCCUGAGCGCCACCACCAGCCCUCACCCGUCUCCUGCCAAACACAAGGCCACACUGGGACAUUAAAGGAGCAGUCCGUCCCCAGCGACCGCCAUGUUUUUAACUCUUUCUGACCGGCACAAGUGUUCUGUCUCCUCCGCACAAGGUGCCACGUUUCUUACAUUGUGUUUCUUUCUGUUCUUCACCUUAUUGCUGGGCCCCUCAGUCCUGAGACUAUUGCUCGUUUGUAAAACUUUUGCGCGUGUCAAACAAGUACAGCCCUGAUCUGGAUUAUCCAAUUUUUUAAGGUUUGUAAGAUCUUCAAGAUUCAACCAGAUGUCUCCAAAUGCAGCAAAGAAGAGUGACAAAGUAACCCUAACACCCCCCCCCCCCCCAAACAGAUCUGUGUAACCCAGUGCCGCUCCUUACAGUACAGUGUUAGACGUUUCCACAGAAUUAUCUGCAGAAUUAUUAUAUUUUUUUUCUAUUAAAUCUAUCUAUCCCCCUAAGGAAAAAAAAAA